AUGGAGACCUCAUCUUCGCCCGGUCAACAUCUCAAAGGGGCGAGUUUCCAAUACUUGGACAGUCUGGGUGACCAGCACCUACGUCUACUCGAUCUUAAGCUGAACCAUGGCGAUGACCCCAUUCGUCUCGGUAUCCGUACGUACAGGAUCGACGAUCAUCCCCCAUACAUCGCAUUGUCUUACACGUGGGGAGACCCAAACGACACUGUACCCGUAUUCUGUAAUGGAAGAAAUAUCGUUGUUACUCGAAAUCUCAAAGAUGCUUUGUGGCAAUUUCGAGAAGAUCGCAGAAGAUCGGUCGGAGCGAUGUCCUCUAUAAAGUGUCAUAGCCAGCCUCUGUACUUCUGGAUUGAUGCCAUUUGUAUCAAUCAGACAAACAACAAGGAGAAGAGCUUCCAGGUUGGUUUGAUGGCAAAGAUCUAUCAACGAGCUCAUCAAGUUUUUGCUUGGUUGGGACCCGCAGACAAGAGCAGCGAUUCAGCGAUUCGCUGCAUCAACACUAUCGGAAAGAUGGUGGAAGAAUGUCGUAUGAAAAAUGCGUUCGAAAAUUGCCUCAAAACCUGGCAGGACAUGGAAUGUGUGCCCGGAGGGAGUGGGCGGCUGGUCUCGGUCGACCCUGUCUUUCAGGACAUAGAUGGAUCCAUAUUUACAGUAUCCAGAAAGGCCUUCCAAGACUUAUUCGAUGUUUUUAGCGGCCAGAGCAAUCAGAGCGACUUGCUACCAAUCGCUGAGUUGAAGGAGUUCUUCACCAGAUCCUGGUGGGCACGGGUGUGGAUCUUGCAGGAGAUUACUCUUUCGAGAGACACACAUGUGAUCUGCGGAGCGCAAACAGUCACAAGGUACCGCUGCGAUGCUUUCAUACACAUGUAUGCUGCAAUGUGGAUCAUCAUGUCUACUAGGCGUCGGAGGGAUCAAGGAUCUUUGAGCCUGUAUCAGCACGACAUUAUCAGGCAUCUAUUCCAUCAUCGUCCUACCAUCAUGCUUUCCAUGCCAAGAAUCUAUCAUGGAAACAGAUUCCCGUUGGCAGCUCUCCUUCGUGCGACGUGCGUUGGCACCAUCAACCCGAACAGACAUGGACCUCAUAAUCUCGAAUCCACAAAACCAGAGGACAAAAUUUUCGCGCUGCUAGGUCUAGCUGCAGAUCGAGAGGAGUUGGAAUAUCUUGGCGUUGUCCCAAACUAUGAUGUUCCGUAUGAACAAACAUAUGCUACUACGAUGGCAGCAUUAUUACAACAGGGUCAUAUAUCCAUGCUGUCAAUGUGUCAAGCCUCAAUGUCGCCGAAUCUCCCGUCAUGGGUUCCGGACUGGUCUCUAUCUGUGACUGACAUGUUGCAAGAUAUACGGGAGGACCACAUAACUUCAUAUCCGGAGUUCAGUGCUUCACGACAUUGGACACAUCAAGAUUCAAUCAAGAUAUACAACGAGGAUGGGGUGAUAACGCGCAUAUCAAUGGAAGCUUGUCUAUACGAUGAUAUCUAUCAGGUCGGUCAUUUUGCCAAUCGGACUAACAGUAAAGAGGUACCGCUUUCGCAAACUUACCAAUGGCCAGUAGAAUGGCUACUGGAGAUUUUGCGCCUAAGCUAUUGCAGAAGGAAAGAUUACAAGGGAUUUCACAAUCGAUUACGCGCCAGCGGACGAACUUCGAUUGGCGACGUCGGAUUUAACCAAAAUGGGGAGUUGGAACGCGUCGGAAAUGCUUGGUUCGCUGAUGCUGUUAUUCUUCUAGAAGAUGGGCUCCACCUAAACAGAAAACUGCCCUACCGACGUGUGGCUCAACAAUUGAUAAAAGGUGAGGCGAGAAACAGAAAAGUCAUGGGGAGGAUUGGAAAAGAAGUCCAGCUGGCAUCAGAGAUCAUGGGAAAGAGCUUGGGACGACUUCCUUUCGUCACUCAGAAAGGUCAUCUCGGCCUGAGUUCUGAACGUAUAUUGCAGGGUGAUAGGAUUGCGAUUAUUGCAGGAAGCCAGGUUCCGUUUGUACUUAGACCUCGGGACAAGGGCCAAUUCAGCGUGGUCAGCGAAGCCUACGUGGACGGCAUCAUGGAUGGUGAGAUUGGAGAAACCGCAGAGUAUGGUGAUGUCACCUUGGUAUGA